AUGGCCUUCCGCACUCCUUUCCGCGCUGUCGCCCUUGCGCGCCCCGCCGCCGCCCGCGCUUUCCACUCCACGCGUCGCGUUCAGAUCCGCGCCGGCGACGAGCUCCCCGAGACGGACGGGCUUUUCGAGAACUCGGCCGCCGCCAAGAUCAGCCUGGCCGACGAGUUCAAAUCGGGCGACGGCUACAUCAUCGGCGUGCCCGGCGCCUUCACCGGCACCUGCUCCAGCAAGCACAUCCCCUCGUACAUUAACAGCCCUAAGCUCAAGGAUGCGGGCAAGGUCUUUGUGCUAUCCGUCAACGACCCGUUUGUCAUGAAGGCUUGGGCCGAGCAGCUUGACCCUGCCAGUCAGACCUCUAUCCGCUGGGUCGCUGAUCCUACCGCCGCCUUCACGAAGGCCCUUGACAUGGGCUUUGACGGUGCUGCCGCCGUCCUCGGUGGUACCCGCAGCCAGCGCUUCGCUCUCAAGAUUGAGAACGGCAAGGUGGCCAAGGUGCACCUCGAGGCUGAUGCCACUGCUGCCGAUGAUGGUGAGGCCGGUGAUCUUUUAUCGGGCAUGAACCUCGUCCGCUCUCUCCCUCACCUCCCCACUUCGCUGUUGUGCUCCUUCUGCACCUCGACUCGCCGUCUCCAGCGGAAUUCGGCCGCCUCGCGUGUUAGAACGGAUAGAGCCACAUUCAUCUUAUCUGGCUUGGCGGUCGCUCUUUUCGCAUCUCCCACUCUCUGCGCUUCUGACCUAGCCGCCACCAUUCCCCCCUCCACGCGGAAACGAAAGGCCGCUGAGACGACGAUCCCGCACGACUCUCCCAACAAGAGACACGUCGUCUCAGCAGUCGAGCCCCAAAUUGCACCUCCGACUCCCAUUACAACCCACGGCAUGGAUUCGGACGAGGAUUUCAUGUCGCAGCUUUCGAGCGAUGUCGAGAUGCUGCAGGAUAGUGCGGAUGAUCUCUCCGAGGCCGACUUCGACGAGGAAGAUUUUGACGAGCCCGAUCCCGACUUUGGCCUCUCCCCGAAGGAGCUUGAUAAAAGGAAGAACCAGGGGCACGUUGUCCCAUUCAAGGUGUACGAGCCGGCCGAUAUUCAGAAGCAGCAGGACGACAUGAUUGCCGAAGUCAACAUGAUUCUUGAUAUGGGAAAGGAAGAUGCUGCGAUACUUCUUCGCCACUUUCGCUGGAAUAAGGAACGUUUACUCGAAGACUACAUGGAUCGUCCGGAGAAGGUCUUGGAAGCGGCCGGUCUGAGCAGCAACACCAACGAUCUUCCCAAGCUCGAGGCUGUACCUGGGUUCGCCUGCGAUAUUUGCUGCGAAGACGAGCAAGGGCUCGAGACCUUUGCCAUGAAGUGUGGCCAUCGUUACUGUGUCGACUGCUACCGCCAGUACCUGACCCAAAAGAUUCGUGAGGAGGGCGAGGCCGCCAGGAUUCAGUGCCCGUCUGACGGCUGCGGACGAAUUCUCGAUUCACGAUCCCUAGACUUGCUCGUCACCUCCGAUCUUACUGGUCGAUACCACGAGCUUCUUAACCGCACAUAUGUCGAGGAUAAGGAUAUCUUUAAGUGGUGUCCUGCGCCAGAUUGUCCAAACGCGGUCGAAUGCGGUGUCAAGAAAAAGGAUCUUGAAAGGAUUGUGCCAACAGUCCAGUGCAGUUGCGGCUAUCGCUUCUGCUUUGGUUGCCCAAACCCUGAUCACCAACCAGCCCCGUGCGAUUUGGUCAGGAAAUGGCUCAAAAAGUGUGCUGACGACUCCGAGACGGCGAAUUGGAUAAGCGCCAAUACGAAGGAAUGCCCCAAGUGUCAAUCAACCAUCGAAAAGAAUGGCGGCUGCAACCACAUGACCUGUCGCAAAUGCCGCUAUGAGUUCUGCUGGAUGUGCAUGGGUCUCUGGUCUGAGCAUGGCACAUCAUGGUACAAUUGUAACAGAUAUGAGGAAAAGAGUGGGCAUGAGGCGAGAGAUGCGCAAACUAAGUCACGUACCUCUCUGGCUCGGUACCUGCAUUACUACAAUCGUUACGCCAACCACGAGCAGUCAGCACGGUUGGACAAGGACAUCGCUAGCAAGACUGAGAAGAAGAUGGUGCAGCUGCAAACCAGCUCGGGCAUGUCUUGGAUUGAAGUUCAAUAUCUUAACGCCGCGUCACAAGCACUCCAAACAUGCCGCCAGACUCUGAAGUGGACGUAUGCCUUUGCUUUUUACCUCACCAAGACAAACUUGACGGAAAUUUUUGAGGACAACCAAAAAGAUUUAGAAAUGGCCGUUGAAAACUUGUCCGAAAUGUUUGAAAAGCCGAUCAGUGAACUUUCGGACCCGAAGCUCAAGGUUGACAUCAUGGACAAGACUUCGUACUGCAGCAAGAGGCGGAUAAUAUUACUCGAGGACACUGCAGAUAACUUAGCUCGAGGCAAAUGGUCUUUCAAUUCGGAAUUGACGGCACCGAGCUCAGUCCUCACCGCUCCUUCGGCGCGCCACUAG